AUGGAAACUGCUUCCAAUUCAAAGAUUCAAUUAUUGGUUUGGUUUUCUCAACUCAUGGGAGGUCUUUGUUCUAGGUCCGCCGAAGUUGACCGCGUCUUCGCCAACUCCGAUGCCGAUUCCGAUGCCUCGCAUAAACCUAAUACUAACAACAACGCCGCUGAUUUCACUACUCCGCCUCAAGUUCGUGAAAUCAUGGACAGAAACCCUCCCGGAGUCACCGCUGAUGACGUUUUCUACGACGGAAUCCCACGCUACGCCGCUAAAGUUUCGGAGGCGAGUUCACGUUUGGGAAGAGCUGGAUUGGGGAAGGCGGUGGAGGUUUUGGACAACCUUGGGAGCAGCAUGGCAAAUUUAAAUGCGGGGAGUGGGUUUGUUUCUGGAGCUGCAUUAAAGGGGACUGAAAUUUUCAUCUUAGCAUUUGAGGUUGCAAACACUAUUGUCAAAGGUUAUCAGCUUCUGCAUUCUCUUUCCACAAAAAGUAUUAGGCAUCUAAAUAAAGAGGUGCUUCUUUCAGAGGCCGUGCAUGAUUUAGUGUCAAAGGAUACAGAUGAGCUUCUUAGCAUUGUUGCCGCAGACAAGAGACAGGAGUUGAAAGUCUUUUCUGACGAGGUGAUUCGUUUUGGAAAUCGGUCAAAGGAUCCUCAGUGGCACAACUUAGACCGUUACUUUGAGAAGAUCAGCAAAGAGUCAAAUGCUCAAAGACUUUCAAGAGAUGAGGCAGAAUCAAUAAUGAAACAAUUGAUGAAUUCGGUCCAAUUUACAGCUGAGCUGUACCACGAACUUCAAGCAUUGAAUAGAUUUGAACAAGAUAUUGAGCAUAAGGGCGAAGAGGAGGAUCAAAGAGGUGAUAACCUAGCAUUCUUGAGAGCAGAAAUUAAAAGUCAAAAGAAGCAAAUAAAACAUUUAAAGAAAAAAUCCCUCUGGUGUAGAAGUUUGGAGGAGGUUAUUGAGAAGCUUGUAGACAUUGUCCAUUUUUUACAUUUGGAGAUAAGCAAUAACUUUGGGAGUGCAGAUGGCCAAAAGCCAAUAAUUGGAAACAUUGGCAAUCGUCAAAGAUUGGGCCCUGCUGGUCUUGCUUUGCAUUAUGCAAAUAUAGUACUUCAAAUUGAUACCCUUGUAGCCAGGUAUAUUGCUAUGCCUGCAAAUACAAGGGACACAUUGUAUCAAAAUUUGCCCCCUAAUAUAAAAUCAGCUCUGCGCUCCAAAUUAUCAUCCAUUCAUGUUGUAGAAGAGAUAACUGCAGCGAAUAUCAAAGACGAGAUGGAGAAAACAUUACAUUGGUUGGUCCCAAUUGCCACAAACACAUCCAAAGCACACCAUGGUUUUGGCUGGGUGGGGGAGUGGGCUAACACAGGCUCUGAGGUGGAUAAGAAAGUUUUCGAGGGCGGUGCAAUGCGAAUUGAAACAUUCCACUAUGCUGAUAAAGACAAAGUAGAACAUUAUAUUCUUGAACUUCUCUUAUGGCUUCAUCGCCUGGCCGUUAAAGUUAAGUCUGGCAGUGAUGCUGGCAAAGCAAGGCCUGCCAUGAAAUCCUCCGUCGGGGCUACCAUGGAAAAGACAAAUAAGCAUUCUACAAAUGCCCUAGUACCAAUUUUAACAAUGGAUGAGCAAAACUUGCUGGAGGAUGCAAGUAAGAAAACCAAAAUGAAAGGAAUCAGUAAGAGCUUGGACUUUGACAGUCUGAAGCCUACAUUGAGUGAGAAAUGCAGACUGACCAAGAGUAGUAGUCUUUCAUCAAGUAAAUGCAAGGAGUUAUCUUUUAAUAGGAUUUUGUCAAAGCUUCCUGUGAUUGAUUUUGAUAUUGACAAAGAGCGAGCGUUGGACGUGAUCGACAGACUAGAUGUGGUCAGAUAA